AUGCAGCACACCGUGAUUGAACAGCACAAAUCGAGCCGUAAGGCGGAGAAAUCCAGCCGCAGAUCGGAGAAGAAACGUUCCGACAAGCCGCACAAGGUGAAGACCCACGAUCCGCUGAAGAAACAGAAGAAGCGGGCCUUGAAAAAGCUCCGCCGCAAUGCGGCAACCGUGAAUUUUCCGUACCAACUCUUCUUGUACCGCCAGGAACUGAAGCGAGCCAGCGCCGAUUUCUCCUAUCUGCGCCUCUCGAAGGCCAAGAUCGUCCUGACUUCGCAGCUGAUCGCCAAGAAGAUGGGCACCUGCAAUCCCAUGAGCAGUGUGGAUGAACUGAAGGAACUCAGCCGGGAGGUGCAGUUCCAGAAGCGCCUCUGCCAUCAGGUGGAGCGACUCCAGCAGUUCCGCCAACUGGGCCUCACCGAGAUGAUCCUCAACGGCAAGAAGACGACCCUGUAAUCGGUGGAAAUCGCAAGGAGCGCGUACUCUGGGACAGGCUGUU